AUGGCCGUGAGCGACGGCGGGUGUUUGGCCUCCGUUAAACGCCUUCUUCUGCAGGAGCCGUGGGAGAACCCGGGCCGGGCGAGCGACGUCAUCUGCCGCCUGCUGGAUGAUUCGCUGAUGGGGUGCCGCGGGGACGCGGCGCGCGACCGCCCCGUCGCAGACGCAGAGCAAAAAGUGAAGGUUGCGUGCCUCUUCUUCGACUUCGUCGGGUACUUCGCCACUGCAGUCACCAGCAGGCGCUGCGGUGGGGCCCACGGCGCUCCCGCAACGGAUGACAGCGGCGGCGACCUCACAGUGGGGGCCCCGCCGCGACCGCACGGUGCGGCAGCGUCCCAGAGAGGGCUUCGGCACUCCGUGCCACUCCCGCCCAUUCACGAGCUUUGGCGCCAGCCGUCCCUCGUGGCAGCCAUCGAGCGGCUCGCAGAAGUCGUCUGGAACAUUCAAGCGCUGCUGCACCUUGGGGACGGUCAUGUGGAGGCCUCUCGCGUGGGGCGGUGCCCGCUUUGCUACGCGGCAAGCAUAGAGCAUGUCCCCGGCACCGACGUCAUGUGGUGCCUCCUCGAGCUCCACGCCGUCUACCGCGUUGCUGAGGAGGCGUCCUCCGGCUAUGAGAGAGGGAGGACGUCCAGCUUGAAGCAGGCGGCCUCAACAAACGCGAGCGAUGAGAUGACUCUCGCCCUCGACGUCGACACCCGACGGCUGCUGUGGACGCACGCCAUGGCUGUCUGCCGCAACGCCGUUUGGAAUGGCGCCGUGCAAACGCUGCGUCUCUCCGUAGAGCAGUGGGUGUAUGGCGGGACGCACCCCACGCUCUUUGCGUUGGCGCGCCAGAAGAGCGGCCCCGCAGCCGUGCAGGUGGGCGGCGACGUCGUCAGCCACUCCGCCCUCGUGCUGAUUCAGUGCUGCCUCCUCAUUCAGGACGAGGUGGCGUUCGAGGUGGAGGUACGCGACGCGGCCGCGCAAGCAACACCGGCGGGCAAACGGCAGUGGAAGGGCGGUAUACGUCGGACCCUUGAAGAGGCCCGCCGUGGGAACGAAGACGACGCGGAAACUGCGUCCCAAACCUCCUCCCUGACGCUGCGGGGGCGCGGUGAUGCUGGGCUGCACGACUCACUCCUGGCGCUGCGUGAACUGUCGCAUGCGGCAGGUAGCGCCGCUGCUUUCGUAGCCCUCACCACGACGGCGCCACACUACGCGACGGGCGGGGCAACGUUGCUGCAUUGGGUGUCCGCGAAGGGCUACGAGUGCUGUGUGCGGCUGCUGCUUACGGCGUGGGUGGAAGUCUACCGCGACGCCCGGUUGCCGCCGAGCGUUGCACGCCACGUGGCGUGUGAGGAAAAACGCGUGUGUGUCGACUUUGCGCAGGCGCAGACGUGGGAGGCGCCGACGGACACGACGACGACGAAGGCGGCGGCGGCGCCGAAAACAACUGCGAGGGCCAUCCGCUGCACUGCGCUGCAGGUCGACGAUGACAUUUUGCCGGGCGCGGUGCAAGGGGGUAGUGUGGCCGUGCUCCGCCAGCUGCUUCUCUGCGGGGCCUCGCGGCACCACUGGGAGGUCGGAGCGCCGGCGGACGAGGAGGUGCUCGCGCUGCUGCUUGACCCCGGCAACGUGCUGGACGGGGUGGUGGGCACCCUGCACGAACGCGUCCGUGACUCCCUGUGCGCCACUGCGGCUGCCGACGCCCUCGCGAGCGCCGCGUGGCGACUUUGGAGUGAAAAGGUGCGGAAAGUGGCCGCCGAUAAGGCGGGUGAGGCGGCGUACAGGCGAUCACACGACGGCGUCAUGCGCACCGCCCUAGCCGCACUUGAGUUUGACCCAUACAACCCUCUUGCCCGCACCACGCUGCGGGACGUGCUUGCACGCAAAGUCACGGAUGUCCCUGCCGUGAGGCUUCCGAUGGGAGAAGCCGCACUGGAGCAGAGGCGUUACUACCAAACGGCGCGGCGGAUGUGCGAGCAGCUGCUCUCGACGCGCACGGAGCGCGAGCGCGAGAUACAGUCCCUUCUGCGCUCCGUGCCACUUCCCGCGGAAGCGACGUCACCCCCGGCGAACGCCACAACGGCGCCCAUGACGUCGGACAACACGUUUUGGUUCCUGACUUCCUCUCAGAGCGGAGGCGUCAGCGGCGGUGGCGGGUCGCCGGCGACGAUUGCCACCGACGAGCAACAGCGGCCGGUCUACGCGCUGGUGAAUCUCACCGACCCCACUGCCUCGCCCGCGUCGAGGACGACGGCGAUGAUGCAUCCGCUGUGGGUGCGACUUCCGCGCGGCGUGGACGUCCAGCGAAGCCUUGAGCGUGUCGGGGGGCUGUAUGGGUUGGUGGAGAGCGCCAUGCCCCUCAUCGCACCCGUGGAGCGCGGCGACCUGGUCGUAUUUGCGCUGCGCCAAAACUUCUGCCGCUUCGACGUUACUCGAGUCGUGCGCCCGCAGGACGGCGCGGUGGUGGAGGUCCCAUGCGUGCUGCAGGGCGCUCGCGACGAGGUGAAAAAGUCCAUCCUGCGCUGCGCCGUGGUGCCACCGCCGGUGUACGAGCUGGACGACGACCGUGUCUUGGGUGACCCGCUGCAGUGGCUUGAGCCGGCGUCCACGCCGACCAGUGACGUCGUCGAGCAGCUCCUCAACAAUCGACGGUGCCUGCAGCGGUGGCUGUACGUUGCCCUUCGAGGUCGUCGCACGUCGUGGUUUCACGACCUCCCUCUGACCCCGAGCGAGGCCUCUGUCUGGCGCCUGGGGACGACUUCCAAUGGGGUCGACACGCGUCUUGUGUUUGCCACGGCGGCGUUCCCGCUCGCGGGCGAUGCGGAGGCCGGGGAGGUGGAUGAUCCGCUUGGACUGACGUCGGAAGCCAUCUUUGUCCUGCGGUCGCCAAGAACCCGCGUGGUGGAAGGCGACGUGGCUUUCCGGGUGGCAGGCGUCUUCCCGAGGUGGGGGUGGGGGAACUCGAGUUAG